UCAAGUUAGUUGAGCCUCGCAGUCGCUGACAAAACAGUUGCGCGUCCUUCCUCCUUCACCCGUUUCUGUCUGGUCGUGUGGAGAACAGGUACGAGUUCGUGUUUCUGCUACAUUUGCUUUAAGCCGUCUGCUAGCUAAACCGGUUCCGUCCGCUUUCAUGAUAAACCGAAACCAUGACUAAAGACCCAAACAAGCCGCGAGGAAAAACAUCCGCUUACGCCUACUUUGUGGCGACGUGCCGCGAGGAGCACAAGAAGAAGCACCCGGGAACCAGCGUGAACUUCGCGGAGUUCUCCAAGAAGUGCUCCGAGAGAUGGAAGACCAUGUCUUCCAAGGAGAAGGUGAAGUUUGAUGAAAUGGCCAAGACUGACAAGGCCAGAUAUGACAGGGAGAUGAAGUCCUACGUCCCACCUAAGGGUGCCAAGAAGGUCAAGAAGAAGAAGGACCCAAACGCCCCCAAGAGGCCCCCAUCUGCCUUCUUCGUCUUCUGCUCGGACCACCGCCCAAAGAUCAAGGAGGACAACCCCGGCAUCUCCAUUGGCGACAUCGCCAAGAAGCUGGGCGAGCUGUGGGCCACGCAGAGCGCCAAAGACAAGGCGCCGUACGAGGCCAAGGCCGCCAAGCUGAAGGAGAAGUACGAGAAGGAUGUCGCCGCCUACAGAGCCAAGGGGGGCUCCGGGAAGAGCGACGCCGGCAAGAAGAGCGGCCCCGGCCGGCCCUCCGCCAAGAAGGUCGAGCCGGUCCAUGACGACGAUGACGACGACGACGACGAGGAGGAUGAGGACGACGAAGACGACGAGGAUGAAGACAAUGACGAGUAAAGCGUGUAAAGGAUGUGAAGAUUGUUCAGUUUGAUUUUGUGUGGCCUGCUCAGCCCCCACCCCCUCCUCCAUUCAGGGAUUUAGCUUUGUCCUGUUAGUCGCUGUUAAGUUUCUGCUGAAGCGGGUUUGUUACAUCUGAUGCUUGUUGCUGUUGAAGCGGUGAUGAAAUGGACUGAAGCUCCGUGCACGGCAGGACGACUUUUCUUUUAAUGUUUUCUGGAAGCACUGCUGUUUUCCGUUGGAGCGGUGCUCUUUCUUUACUGUCGGUUUACCACCUGGAGUCUUCUGUAGUGAGAAUUCAAAUGUUGGCAGCCAUUUUAAUGUGGACGAUGACACGUGUAGAACCAAUUUUCUUUUGUAAUAAAAUUUUUUAUAUUGACA